AUGCUACCACAGGGACUUACACCCCACCCUAACUAUGCAUAUCUGAGGAAGUCUGAUUGCUCAAUCGACUGCCAUCUAUCUGCAAUCAUGGACCUCUUCUGGUCUGCUCCUCCUGUGGCGAGGACUCUCACUCUACUUACCUUCUGCCAGUCUGCUUUAAUCUAUGGUGGCCUUCUCAGCGCGUAUCAUGUUGCGUUUCUGCCAAGAGUCAUUUUCAAAUUGCUGCCGCAAGUUUGGCGACUGGCGACGCCUUUCUUCCUGACUCGGCCGCAGAUCUCGUUUAUUUUCGACCUCUAUUUCUUGUACACCUACAGCAGCCGCCUGGAGACCGGCUCGCCCCGGUUCACUGGCCCUGGUGAUUUCUUCACAUACGUGAUUUUUGUAGCCUCGGUGAUUUUGCCGAAGCUCACCGCAGGUUGCGUCUUCAAUGGAGUGUUCUUCCUUCAUGCCUUGAUCCUUGCCUUUGUAUACACGUUCGCCCAGGACAACCGUGGGACGAAGGCGUCCUUCUUCGUGAUCCGAAUGCCCAUCGAGUUCCUGCCAUGGGCGAUGCUGGCCUUCACUCUGGUGAUGCAUGGCUGGCCUGCCGCCCAGCAAGAAGCCAUGGGGAUUGUGGCCGCCCACAUGUAUGACUUCCUCACCCGUCUCUACCCUACGUUCGGUGGUGGUCGGAAUUAUAUUACCACGCCGUCCUUUGUGAGGCGGUGGUUCACCACUGGCGAUCGGGCCGAAUAUCGAACCUAUGGCACUGCCUAUCGGCCGUCCAACCCCGACCGAGGCUCUUCAGGAGGCUCGUCAGGAGGAUGGACAUCGUCCUUCCAGGGCACUUGGAGCCAACGUGGACCGGGGAGAAGAUUGGGUGGUUAG